GUAAAACACAAAUUUUCCAAUCAAUUUGAUUGGUUACAGUUUGUGACUUGAGGAUGGGUACAUAUAAAUGUGAAUGUGAAUGUGAGUGACCUUAGAGACUACUGCAACUUUCAAUCAAACCACACAGCUGUGAGAACUCUGCACCUGCUGCCAAGAUGAGUGGAGGACUUCAGGUCAAAAACUUUGACUUCACUUUAGGAAAAUCCUUGACUGUUGGAGGUUUUAUCAACAAUAAUCCACAACGUUUCUCGAUCAAUGUGGGCCAAUCUGAAGAUUUAAUUUCAUUGCACGUGGACAGUCGGUUCAACUAUGGUCCGGACAAAAAAACCAUCGUCUUAAACUCCACGCGUGAAGGCAGUGCUGGUAAAUGGGAGACGGAGCAGCGGUGCAUGGACUUCAACUUCUUUGCAGGGCAGUAUUUUGAGAUGACCAUCACAUAUGACAUCAACAAGUUUUCCAUUGAUGUACGUGAUGGUUGCAAGAUGGAGUUCCCCAACCGCUAUUCAGAAGAAGUCAUGACCUUCCUUUUCCUGGCAGGAGAUGCUAAACUCACAUAUGUGAAACUAGAAUAAAGCCCAACCAGUUGCUGCGGCAUAUUCCCUUUCCAGCUGCUGAUUGGCUGCUCUGCUUCCUCCAGACUACUUUUUGUCUGUAAAUCCUUUCUAUAGUAGUGCGCCCCCCCCCCCAAAAAAAAAAAACCUCUACCCUUAGUUUAAACUGCUCUGGUGUCUGUGCAAACUCACUGAGUAUGGGAGUCUGUCCUUUGACAAU